AUGGGUGGCUCCCCGUCCGAUCAGAAACAGACCCGAGCGUACGGCGAGAUACGUUCCGCGCGCGCCUCAAAGAGCCAUCAGACCACCACAGAUAGGACCCAACAGGGCCGAUGCCGAUUCGGAGUCGCGGAGAACCUAACGGGUUACCGGGGCGUUAAAAUCGCAAUCAGCAUGUCUUUCUUUGGCAAAACUUACAAAUUCGUGAAGCAGGAGAAUUUCGAUGGAUUCCUCAAAAGUGCAGGUAUGCCUGAAGAGAGGGUCGCCAAGAUCCUGGAGGGUAAACCAGAACAGAAACUGACCAAAGAUGGAGAUACGUAUACGCUUCUAACAGUGUCUCCAGUAGGUACUAAUGAAGUCAAAUUCAAGUCUGGAGUAGAGUUCGAUGAUGUUCUUGGACCAGAGAAGAAACCUGUAAAUCAAAAGUACUUUUAUCGUUCAUGGAAACACAGUAACACAGACGAUUAAAGCCAAGGAAAUCAACGCCACAAUCAAGAGGGAAUUUAACGGCGAUGAUCUUGUGCUGACUGCUACCAGGGACAAUUGGGAUGGCACUGCUAAAAUAUUCUUUAAAGCUUAA